AUGCCGAAAACUUUUAUUGAUCUUCCAGUCGCACUUCGCCUGCUUAUAUUCAAGCUCGCCGUCAAAGGAGAGCGCCUACCCCGAGAUGUCGAAGUCGUCCUCAAAGACGGCCUGAUCUACCCCAAUAGGCCACCACCUGCGCUCCUCCACGUUAACCGCGAGUCUCGCUAUGUCACCCUAAAAUUCUAUAAGCCGUGGCUGCCACAAUAUGAGGGUACGGCGGCUUAUAAGCCAUGGGUCGGCGUCGAAAAUGCGUCCAGCCUAGAGAAUGUUUGCAUCGACUUAAAGCGUGAUACGCUCGUCUUAAGGGGCAGAAUCACAAGCCUCCUCCGUCUACUGGGACCCUUGGAACGGAGCCAUCUUCGCUCAGUGGCAAUUAACGUCUGGGACAUGUUUGAGAUUGCCCCGCUUGCUCGCAACCUACUCUCGCUCAAGAAUCUUGAGUACCUUCGCCUUUUUGGUGUUGAAGAUUGCGAUGGACUUGCAUACAAGGAAACGCAGCUAGCGCGAUACCUACAGAAAGAACAGGAGAAUGGCAGUAUGAAGACCAAGACUGGUGUUAAUUAUGCCCCUCCGAAAAUUUACUCUCAAGCCUCGACACCCAACCUAAUACUGCUACCGCAAACGCGCCAAUGGACAACGUACAAGUACCCGGUAGGUUAUAAGCCUCCUAACGGUGUUCGGCCGGAUUUAAUAGGAGAAGAGAGCGACUGUUUACGGCCUAUACGACCAACGAAGCGCAAGGCGGAUAGCCAAAAUGCCAGUUUGAAACGGAAAGCUCAAACCAAGUUAGAACUUGGGCAAAAAAGGCGUCGACGCAGAUCUAACCUAGGAAGGUUUAUGGCGGCGGACCCUAUCCCGACUUCCAUGGACCGAAGUUCGAAUAAAGAAGAAACCGGUAGUGUAUACCGGGCACCAGAUCUAGAUCCAAGUUCUAUUUCGCGCAGCUCCUCCGUAGAUAUUCCAGACCAGAUCCUUGCCCAGUUACAAGCGGACUUUGAUAACACAAGAACGUCAAGAGAUCCUCAACUUGCGUCCAAAGGCGGAGCAGAAUUUGAUGACGGUCAGAAAAACAAUGACGGCAACAUACUACCAGGCAUCACUCAGUCAGAAAUACAUGCCUCACCUCCUAAUAAAUCUACAGAUGGCGAAGAAGACCUCUCCGAAUAUGUGUUAGAUAAAUUCAUGGCAGAACGGCACACACCCCAAGGUCUCGAGAUCCUCGUCCAAUGGAAACACUAUCCGCUUGAGAAAGACUGGACAUGGGAGACUUCCAGUUCCUUAGCCGAGAGUGUACCUGAGAUGCUUAAGCAAUGGUAUUCCAGGGCCGCCCUCAGUGACAGUGCAAAGGAAGAAGAGAAGGUGAGUGUCAAUGUGGUGGAGGAAAUACUAUCGCGGCACACACGGAAGGGCGUCCUGUAUUAUCUUGUCAAGUGGGAGGGAUAUCCAAACGUGAAGGAUAGGACUUGGGAGCUAGCUGAGAGGUUGAAGGCUGACGUUCCAUUCCUUGUGGACGAGUUUGAACGGAAGUGGAAACGUAAAUGGAGAGCGAUGCGAUUUUCGAAGUCCAUGUGA